ACUGAAACACCGUUAAAAUGAGCUGACCACGCCCCUUUUCCAUAGGGAGUACAGUGUAUUUUGGGUAUGGGCGGUCUGGCUCGGAGCUGUCGGUGGUGCUGAAAUCCUGCAAAAAAUUUCCAAGCCAUUUAAAAAAAGCAUUGCGCCUGCGCGUCGCCGGAUCACUGGAACAUAGUUAGCUGUAGGAGCGUCAGUGCAUUCAGUUCCCUGAGCUCGUGCUGUACAGAGCUGGAGAGACAGAGACCUGCAGAUCCACAAGAGGGAUUCAUCCAGAUAUAGGGCUUCUCCGGCUUCUGGGGGGGAUGCAACAUGAGGACGCUGCGUUUGAUCCGGUUUGAGGACUGAAUUCAGGAUAGCGUGGAAACGGACCGACCAAUCGUAUCGUAUGGCGUAACGUUAGCGAUCGUAGGGUAAUAACUGUUGCCUGGUAGAGUAAGUGGCUGGAUGGUUGGUGGGAGUUUUCUUUUUUUCUAAUGAACACCUUCAGAAAGACUGGUGAUUGAUUGUGGGGAAAAAACAAGGUGGGAAACCCCUAACAUUCUGGGCAUUUCAUUGAUUGUUGGGGGUAUGAAGACCCUAAAGGACCCUCACAGAUCUUCGUCUUCCUCCUCCACUGGAUCUAUUAUCUAGUGAUCAUCUCUAAAGGCUUGGUAUAUAAAAGACUUUAUAACGUUAUACCUAUAGGACGGAACAUGGAGCAUCUUCUUCUUGGCGUGUCGCUUCGUGCGUUCGUGGGAGGCUAAACCCAUCCCUUCAUCCACUGGAUCUUUUUCUUUCUUCAAUUUGUUUUCUGGAGCGUGUUAAAUAAUACCGCAAUUAAUUGUGCACGUUUGCGCUUCUUGGCUUUUGCAGAAGCUAUGCGUAACUGACGCAAAGCACGCGUGCGCUUCUUCUCUCGCUUUAUUGUCUCCUCUUCUGACUCUCCACGUUUGACGAUCACGCGUGCGCACGAGCGUGCACUUGGCGCUGGUAACCAACCGGACCGUAGCCGAGACAUGCCUGAGCGACGCGAUGGUCCAAGGCGACGAGAAAGACCGCGUUGUGAUUAACGUGGGCGGCAUCCGGCACCAGACGUACCGCAGCACCCUGCGCACGCUGCCGGGGACGCGCCUGGCCUGGCUGGCGGAGCCCGAUGCGCACAGCCACUUCGACUACGACGCCCAGAUCGACGAGUUCUUCUUCGACCGGCACCCGGGCGUCUUCGCGCACAUCCUCAACUACUACCGCACGGGCAAGCUGCACUGCCCCGCGGACGUGUGCGGCCCGCUGUAUGAAGAGGAGCUCGCCUUCUGGGGCAUCGACGAGACGGACGUGGAGCCGUGCUGCUGGAUGACCUACCGGCAGCACCGGGAGGCCGAGGAGGCUCUGGACAGCUUCGGAGGGGGACCCGCGGAGUUGGGCAACGAUGACACGGAUGCGGACGGCCUGGGCGACCCGGGUGAUGGAGACGAGGAGCUGGAAAUGACCAAGAGGCUGGCACUGGGGGAUGCACCUGAUGGGAAAGCCGGGGGCUUGUGGCAACGUUGGCAACGUCGCGUCUGGGCACUCUUUGAGGACCCGUAUUCUUCUAAAUAUGCAAGGUGGGUGGCAUUCGCCUCUCUGUUCUUCAUCCUGGUGUCUAUAACCACGUUCUGCCUGGAGACACACGAGGCCUUCAACCCUAUCAUCAACCGCACGGACAUCGACCCCGUGGACAACAGCACGCGGAUCUACCAGGAGACGGAGACCGAGGUGUUCCUGACCUACAUCGAGGGCGUCUGCGUGGUGUGGUUCACGUUCGAGUUCCUCAUGAGAGUAACCUUCUGUCCGGACAAAAAAAAGUUCAUCAAGAACACGCUCAACAUCAUCGACUUUGUGGCCAUCCUGCCUUUCUACCUGGAGGUGGGCCUGAGCGGCCUGUCCUCCAAAGAGGCUAAAGACGUGCUGGGGUUCCUGCGGGUGGUCCGCUUCGUGCGGAUCCUCCGGAUCUUCAAGUUGACGCGCCACUUCGUGGGCUUGCGGGUCCUCGGACACACCCUGAGGGCCAGCACCAACGAGUUCCUUCUCCUCAUCAUCUUCCUGGCCCUCGGAGUGCUCAUCUUCGCCACCAUGAUCUACUACGCCGAGCGAAUCGGCGCCAAGCCCAACGACCCGAGGGCCAGCGAGCACACGCACUUCAAGAACAUCCCCAUCGGCUUCUGGUGGGCCGUGGUCACCAUGACGACGCUGGGCUACGGAGACAUGUACCCGCAGACGUGGUCGGGCAUGCUGGUGGGGGCGCUGUGCGCUUUGGCCGGCGUGUUGACCAUCGCCAUGCCCGUGCCGGUCAUCGUCAAUAACUUUGGGAUGUACUACUCGCUGGCCAUGGCGAAGCAGAAGCUACCAAAGAAAAAGAACAAGCACAUCCCGCGUGCCCCGCAGCUGGGCUCCCCCAAUUUCUGUAAGUCAGGCAUGAACUCACCCCACCACAGCACGCAGAGCGACACGUGCCCGCUGGCCGCCCAGGACGAGGUUUUAGAAAUGAACCGAGCAGAUCCCAAAGUGAAUGGCGAGGCGGCCAAGGCAGCGCUGGCCAACGAAGACUGUCCACACAUAGACCAGGCCAUUUCUCCCGAGGACGGCCAGAUCUUUAACCCCUGCGAACCGCGGGGAGACACCCCGUGUUUCCUUCUGAACAUGGCUGGCCGAGCUGCACACACGGGCACCAGAGUGAGGAAGGAGGCUCAGCGGCACGGCCGGAGCAAGGAGCCUGCAGACUCUGUGUGUGUCAUGAACCGUGGUGUUCCAACCACUCUGUGCAUGGCUCACAAGGCUCCUCCCCCUACCUGAUAACCGUGUCUCUUUAUUGUAUGUAGAUGAGAGGCUAAAUGGGGAGGCUUAACGAGGGAGGACAGCCCUCCUUGCCCCACUCAUAGACCCUAGUAAGACCUAGGAAGACAAAAAAAACGCUGCCCCUGUUGUGUUUGUCGUCCGUGUAUCUUAUUGUCGACUGUUCUACUUGUGACGUGAUGUGAGAGUAAGGAUGUCCGGGGGGUGUGUAUUCGACUGCAUGCGUCGUCUUUACAUUCACGUGAAUAUCUGUGUUGUGAACAAGCUUUUUUUUUUUUCCUGUGUGUGUGUUUUUUCUUGUGGUUUCCAUUGGAAUUUUAAAGCAAUGUUCAUUCAGUUUUCUUUUUCUUCCCUGUAUUUGUUAAUCACAACUUCAAUUCAGCCAUUCAACCAUGAAGCUGCCUUUAUUUUUAAUUAAUGUUUAAUGUUUAAUGUUUUCCCUUCGGUUGUACUAUUACUAUUAUAAUAAUUAUUAUUAUUGUUAUUAUUAUUAUUGUUAGAUUGUCACACAUGAGUUGCCUUGCUUUGCAGUUUGCACCUUCUUCCUCCUUCUUCCAGCUGUUAUGUUCCUUUGAGUCUGGAAACGACUGUUGGAAAAAUUCACAUUUUCCUCAAGCAAGUAGUGAUGGAGUUUGGGAAAGAUGUUUUUGGAGUUUUGGAGUUUUACAUGCCAUAGAAGAUUAUGCUAACCUAAUGCUUUUUACGCAUAACUGCAUUAGUAAAUCUAAAGACACCAAUGUAGAGAGAUAAUCGGUUGUGUAUUUGAUUGCAAAAUGCUCUAUGUCUGUUUUAGGGGUGUAACGGUACAUGUAUUUACUCCCAAGCUGCCAAUGGUAGAGAUGUCACAGUUUGGUGCAUGCAGUUUUAUGAAGAUACAUCAUUUUAUAAGGACAAGUUGUAUCUUAAAUCUAAAAAGUUUUGUUGCACUUCAGUCUCCAACGCUCUUGUUAAAAAAGAGUUGCAUGGGAAGCACAGUGAAGCACAUAAGCAAUGAAAGAAGAAGGCACAUGCCAUAGCUUACCUUCACAAAUGAGUGCAAAACGAGUUCAAUAACUUCUACCGAACAGGUAUCUAUUGUUAUAUUGAAUGUAUUUUGCACCAUAGACCUAUAAAUAAUCAGCUAAAUAGCUAGCCUAGCUAGUUGCUAGGAAUGGCCAUGAGUAAAAUUUACCGUUACUCAUUGUAAAAGAUGAAGAAAUCGCUGAACAUGUAACGUAUUUCUAGUUAAAUUGUAGCUCUCCCCCUCCCCCUCACGCUUCUCAGGCAGCAGCAGCCUGUCACUUACACUGACACAGAGACAGCGCUGUGUAUCUACUUCUUUUGUCAAGAAUCAAAACAUUUAAACAUGACGUAUUUGAUUUAAUUGCCUUAAGGAACAUUGCACAUCCUGCGAUGCUUCAACAAUAUAUCGUGCCGCCAUAAUAUAUAGUGUCUCAUUUUCUGUUUCUGACGUAUAUAUUUUAUAAUAAUCAAAAACAACACAUCUGCUACUCAAUUGUAACUGAUUGCAGUUUAUGUUAGCAUGUGUAGCAUGACUGCGUUAGCUAGCACAGUCCAGAUCACUUUAGCUAACCUUGCUAAGUAAGCUAGCUAUCUCAGUACCCUCUGCCUUGUUAUCUCAGCUGCUUCAGAUUUUUUCAAUUAAUAAAAAAAAAUGCCCGUCCCUAGUGAGCUAAUCUAGUGGUUGUGAAAAAUUACUCGGCUAAAGUGACUAGCCUGUUUGGGGGAAAAGCAGCCAGCGUCUGUUUUUCAAUCUUUCUGAGCUCGAAAGAAAAACUCACUGCCAAUAUUUCUAAUUUUUAUCCCAUUUCCUCCCUUAUUUACAAGGCCAACUACCCAACACACUUAUUAGGACUCCCCCUAUCACUAGUGAUGCCUCAACACCAGGAGGUUGAAGAGUAGCACAUGCUUCCUCCGAUACAUGUGAAGUCAGAUUCCGCCUCUUUUUCGACUGCUGCUGAUGCAGCAUUGCUGAGUAGCAUCACAGCGCUCUCAGAGUAAAAAGCACAGCGACUCGGUUCUGACACAUCAGCUCACAGACGCAGCCUUGUGCUGAUCGACAUCACCCUAGGAUUGAUGAGGGGAAAAAGUGCCAUCUACUGUACCCACCCAGAGAGAGCAAGGCCAAUUGUGCUCGCUCUGGGCUCCGGUAACCGACGGCAAGCUGCAUAAACAGGAUUCGAACCGGUGAUCUCCUGAAAUACUGAUUAUUUUUAAAGUGGAAUUAGUGUUGAAUUCUUGUUGGGGAAUAAGCAAAGGGCGGAAGGCAGAAGGCUACACCCACACAGAUUUCAGUGACGUGCUGCACAGUUCUAGUUUGAACUUAGUUAAUAUCUUACUAGCAUGUUUAUUUAAUAUCUGAAGAAACGUCCUGAUCAUAUUAUCAUUUACUACUGCACAUAUAAUCCUUAAUGGUCAUUUAAUAGAGACCAAGACUCUAUUGGAAAUAACUGCCCAAUGGUGUUGCAAAUAUGGCCGCCAAUUAAACAGACUUUUUAAAAAUAUAAAUAGUAAGUUUUGGUUUAGCUGAAGAUCAGAUGUUUAAACAUAUAUUUACAAAAAUAGAGAUUAUUCUGCCUUUUCCCUGUUUUUUUUACCAAACUUGUACCAUACCAUGAUGUCUAAACCAUGACUUUAUAAUGCACCGCUACACCCCUAAUAUACUUUAUUCUUGCAUGUGAUUAGUACUACUUUUUAAAUACUACAGAAAAAAAGAUUCUUGAAAUUUUACUGGUCAACUUUUGAGACGAAUAUGCAAUCUCUUAUCUAUAAUCUUCAGAACAUGGUUUGUAGAAAGCUACACUGCCACUGCUUUCAAAACACGACUUUGUAUUUAUUAACUGAGAUAACUGAUUUUCAGCAACAGAUUGAACUGCCAUUCAGAGAGUAACCGGGAUUGUGUGUGAGAAAAAUGGAAAUAAUGCAAUUUAUGUUCCUUGGGAAAUGACUAGUCACUGUCUGGAUUCAUUUCUGAACAAUUCUCUGUUUGAAAUAGAAAUACUAAAUGUCUGUGGGAUGUAUAGUGUUUUUUUAAUGGUAUCGGUUAUCUUAAAAAAAAAAAACCCACUGAAGUAGUUCUUGCAUUUCUCUUGCAGAACAGCAAUAUAGUAUAUGUGUACAAUAUAUAGUCGUAGACUAACGAUAGACUGCCAUGCACUGCAUAAACACAAGCUAGCCUACUCAUUUCUUGAGCAUAUUAAUUCAAGAUCAGUAUUCGUUGCUACUAUCUUGAGCACUAUCGAUUGUUAAUUAUGCAAAUAAUUAUGCAUACAUUUAAUUAUGCAUACAAUGCAAACACAUUUAGGGUGAAUUAGCCUAAUGUGGGACAGCCAGCAGUUUUCUGACUUGGAUUAAAAUUGUUUUAUAUUAAUUUCCACUGAAAUUUGAAUAUUUAUAUGCUAAUCUAUUAAAACAAUAUUCUGUAGCCUAUAUUAACAUGUCUGCAUUGCAAAAAAAAAGCACUGGUUAAAACCAUUAUAUAACUUUAACAGUGAUGCAACCACCCCCAAGUAUUAAAUAUAAAUUCGCCGUAACCUGCUGUCCCAUGACUUUUGGCACGUCAUUGUAGAAUUGUACUACAUUAGGCAAACCAACCAUACUGUUCUAUUAUUCGAAGCAUAUUUCAUUAAUACAUUUGAUUGAAUAAAGCAAAUAAUUUUAUUUCUUCUCCUUCCUGUUUGAAGAUUGAUCCAUCCUUAAAUUUUAAAUUGGACAUUUGAGAAGUGAUAUGAUUUUGAUCACAUGCUAUAGUUUUCUUGUCCCACAUUAAGAGAAUUCACCCUACUUACAAAAAAGAAGAUAAAACUAGAUGUUUUAUACGAUAUUUAUGCUUUUAUGUGCCUAUGAGUUGCUGUAUUCUCUCCUUCUGUUAGGAACAGUAUCGGGAAUCCAUUCAGUGGAUUGAGAUAAGAUUAAAAAACAAAAAAAUCUAUUUAUUAUAUUAUAACUGGAAGAGCAUGAUUUGCCUAUCCUUACACAUUAAACGAUCAGCAUACCUCAGCUCAACACCUCAUAAUGAAUUUCAUGUAUUAAAAAAAGAUGCCUCAUGCAAUCAGCACGACACGUCACUUUUCUCACACAGGUUUUAUUAUUGUUAUUUUUUUAGUUAAAUAACGCUUGAAAGCCUCAGUCAGAGAUCACAGUUUAAUGCUGAAAAUCUCAACAUUCGGUGAUGUUGAAAUCCACGAGCAUGUCUCUGUGAAGACGUCAGUGUACGUAUAGACCCUUUCACACAGAGUAUGUUUUUUUUUGUACAGCGAAAUAUAUACACUAUACACAACUAUAUUUACUUUUAUAUUUACUAGUUAUUCAGCAACCUCACUUACGCUUACCUAAUAUGAUUUUUAUGAUAAUAUGAUAAUGUGAUUUUUUUAGUUUACACUUUGUGUUAUUUUGGCUAAUCUGCUGUUAAACGACAUCUUAUUGUUAGGUCUGCACAAAAAUGCUUUUUUAACCCCACACCCACUGGUUUUAGUCCCGUUACCACCCACUCUCGCCAAAAAAUUGCUUGUUUUAAUCUCGUUACCACCCGCUCCCGCCAAUAAUCGGUUGUUUUAGUUCCCUUACCACCCAUUUCCACCAAAAAUCACUUGUUUUAGUCCCGUUACCACCCGCUCCCGACAAAAAUAAUUUGUUUUAGUCCCGUUAGCACCUGCUCCCGCCAAAUAUUGCUUGUUUUAGUCCCGUUACCACCCAUUUCCACCAAAAAUCACUUGUUUUAGUCCCGUUACCUCCCGCUCUUGCCAAAAAUCUUUUGUUUUAGUCCCGUUACCACCCGCUCCUCCCAAAAAUCACUUGUUUUAGUCCAGUUACCACCCACUCCCGUCAAAAAUCACUUGUUUUAGUCCCAUUACCACCCGCUCCCGCCAAAAAUCACUUGUUUUAGUCCUGUUACCACUCGCUCCCGCUAAAAAUUGCUUGUUUUAGUCCCGUUAUUACCCGCUCCCACCAAAAAUCGCUUGUUUUUGUCCUGUUACCACUCAUUUCCACCAAAAACCACCUGGUACCACCUGGUCUCACCAGAAAUUGCUUGUUUUAGUCCCAUUAUCACCCGCUUUUGCCAAAAAAUGUUUGUUUUAGUCCCGUUACCACCCACUCUCGCCAAAAAUCGCUUGUUUUAGUCCCUUUACCACCCACUCUAAACACACCAUUACUAAAGUGUUUUCUCUCAGUGUUUAUAAAGUGUAACUUGCACUUUUUGGAUGUAAAAAAAAUCAGACUUGGUGUGAAAUAUGCCAUUAAUAUACGCAUUUUAGUUUCCAAAACUUUGCGUGCAUUUUUUUUUUUGUACAAAAAUUCUGACUUUAUGUGUAAUACGCCAAAAUAAGCAUGGUAAUAAUUCUUUGGUCUGUACAAAUCAGACUCUGUGUGAAAGGCGACAAUAAUAUAUACAGAUUGAGCAUAACAUUAUGACCACUUACUUGUUUCUACACCCAUGCUGCCCACAGCAUGCCAGGAUAGUGGUUCAUUCUCAGUUCAGCAGUGACUCUGAGGUGUUUAAGAACUCCAGCAGCACUGCUGCACUAUAUGAUGCUAACUAAUGCUGAUCAGUGCUAAUAAUCACUGCAGUGCUGAGAAUAAUGAUCCACCACCCAAAUAAUAAUAAUAAUAAUAAUAAUAAUAAUAAUAAUAAUAAUAAUAAUAAUAAUGGCUGUAUCUUUGUGGUGGUUUUCUCUCCUGUGGGGUUCUGAGUAUUGAAGAACAGAGGGGAAAGGAGGAUAAUAAUGAAGGAUACAGAGACACAGACACAAAACUACAGUCUUAUUGUAGUCUUAUGUGAUUAUUAUACAACUAUAAAAAGAGUCCUAUAUGAUCAGUGAAGCAUAUGAGUGUAGAAACAAAGUGAUAAUGUUGUGCUUGAUCGGCGUAGGCCUUUAAUUUUGUAUUUUUGCUGCUGGUUUGACGGUUCUUGGCUGAGGCUUUCAAAGUGUCUUAUAAAGUAAAGAUGGAGCAAUAGGAGAAUCCUGCAGCUGCAGCAGAGCUUCUAAAGGCCACCUCUCAAAUGAGCUCAGUUCACUGCGGACCUUUUUAGUAUUUUUGUCACGACAUGAUUAUUUCAAUAAAGAGAAAUUACGGUUUCAAAAAAUUAAUAAACAUUUCAGUCAUUC